UCCGCCGCUUCCAUGGACGUACUACUGUGCAAAUGGGGCGUGAUGUCUUUCAACAAUUUGGUCCAUGAUUAUGGCAUUAGGGCUGAAUGGAAUCCUGUGUUGCCGUCAAAAACCGACACCGCCUUUCCCCUGAAAGCAGGUAAAAUCACUUUGUUUAGUGAUUUUUUCAAGUUUUGCAACUUCCGGUUACCCAUCACCAAAUUUUUGAAAUUGGUGCUUGAUUUCUACCGCAUCCACAUUUCUCAAAUACAUCCUCUUGGCCUUGUGAAACUUCGACAAUUUGAGUAUGCCUGCGUAGCUCUUGGUCACAUCCCAGAACUGAUCGUCUUUAGGGCUUUCUUCGUACUUGUGUGGAAAUCCCCUUUCUUUACCUUUGAUCGGCGGGAUACCGAAGUAUCAUGUCUGAGGGAGAUCCCUACAAGUUCUAGAGACAAGGAUUGGAAGAAAAAAUUCUUCUACCUGGAUGCCAGUGCUAUUCCCGGGGAAAUGCAUUGGCAAGAUAAAGGACCGAAGGAUAAAGUGAAGGAUGAUGCUCCCCCUGCAGAUUCGUACGCGUCAAAUGCGCUGUAUGUAAAACUGUGUGGCCGCCCCUUUGAGUGCACUAUUAUUCCAGAAGGGGCGCUAGUGAUGGCCGGUAUGAGCCUGUUAUGGCCGGAUAUAAGGCGUUAUCCCUCAUUCCAACGGGAAGAUGGAGGGGAGUGGGGGAUGUUUGACUUUGUUGAUCCACCACGUCACCUGGCGUUGAAACCCAACGACCGGAGACUUGAUGAAGGGGAACCAGAUGUGUUGAAAGUGCAUCUGGAACAAUUUCUUCUACCGGCGAUGCCAACGGAUCCCUUGGAGUAUAUCGCUCCCUUGUCGGGUAUGGCGGCCGCUACUUCAGCAUCAUCAGAGAAGAAACCUAUUCGGCUAAAGCUGUCUGGGAGAAAACCUGCAGCACCCACUGUCAGCGUGCCCGUGAUGGAAGAGACGCCCAACGCGAGUCGUGAAGUUUCCUUAGCUUCCGACCUGACCAGUCCUGGCCGUGCUUCGAAAAAGAGGAAAAUCUUUGUGGCACCUACGCUGAGCGCGUUUCAGGCGGUGCAAGCCGCAUGUGCAAUUUCACCAGGUACCUUUGCGGGAAUAUCAUCCGGGGGUGUGCCAUCCACUGUUGUUUCGACUAUGGCGGCGUCUUGUACUGGUAGUACCAGCAUGCCUACGAGUCCACAAGUUUCAGCGUCAUUCGCUCCCGCUGUGAGCUGCAUCAUGCCCAUUCCUAGUUCUACGGUAUCCAUAGCCGUAACUUCCGAGCCGCUGCCCUCGCUUCGAUCAGGUGGUUUUGACACAACCCUUCCUGAAUCGCCCAAGGACAUGUUUGCUGGUUUUGACACCAAUGCUGCUGCCGCGUCGACCGCGCAUGAGGCAACUAGCGUGGGUGGAGGCGAUAAUCGUGCGUCGAGCAGCGGCAUUGCUGACGAUGGUGCCCGCUUGAUUGAUGAUUUGUUUAUACCUACCGUUUGUUGGGAUCCUCAUGCCCAGGAUAAACGUUACCAGCCUCAAUGGAAGAUUGCUGAAUCUUCCCGACUUAUCUUUCCUCCAGUUGUCCAACAUUGGGUUGAGAGGGCGUACCCCCCCGCUGAAGCGGCGUAUGUUGAGGGGUUAAACAAUGAGGAUUUGAUGAAUUCGUCUAUAUCAGAUUCUGUGACCCUACCUCGCCGGUUGGUAGAGAUACGGCGCCGGUGGGUGCGUGAUAACACCCAACUUCAUGAGGCCCGGGUCAUUAUCCAAGAACUGAGGGAUGACAAGCAUCGCCUCGAAAGUCAACUGCAGACCGCUGGGUUGAAAGAGGCCCGAUUUCUGUCAGAGAAGAAUAAGGCCGAGGAGGAUUUGCGGAGGGUAACUGAACAUCUCGCUGAGGAAAGGAUCUUAUGGGCCCGCGAUAUGGCGGAAAAAGAUAGGGUUUUGGCUCAAGCGAAAAAUGUACAAGAGGAGUUGGAACGCAAGGCUGUGGCAGAGGCUCAGAAGGUGAGACACGAGUUAUCGGCCCAAUUGGAAAAAUUUCGUGUUGACACUGAUUUUGUGUCCCAGGUUCAGGAGCGGUACCAGGAUUUGACGACCGAAGUAGAGACCUGUCAUACCAAGAUCCGACUGAUGCAGGGAGAGUUGGAGGAGCGUGAGGCAAAAUUCAAGGAGAUGCAAGAUCAUUGUGAUUCCCUUGUCACCCAAAACAAUAAGCUUGCUGCAUCGUCGUCUUCAAAGUUAAGGGAGGUGGAGGACGCGCUGGCACAAUCCCAUGCAGAGAUCGAUGAUUUGACCAACCAGCUAGCGGCUAUGCGGGGAGACAGGAAUUGGUUGAUAACUAAUGGGCUAGUGGGGGCGUUCGAAUUUCUGCGUGAGUCGUCCCACUUUACUAGCCUGAUUGACCGUCUUUCCGCCGCUGCCUACCAAGCUGGUCAUCAUGAUGGUGUACUUAAGGGCUACAUGGACUGCCAGCAAGCGGAAAGAGUCCCGCCGGACUUCCAAACCCUCAAAAAUAAGUUACAGGCUGAUAUGGCGAAGGCUCUUGAAGCUGCGUACACCGAACCUCUACCUUGCUAUGGCGAUCUGAUGGAUAAAGUUAAUGAAGAUGGAAUAGACUCGCUACGUCUGAUGCUGGACCCUGCGGACGAGUCCGAAGAAGACUGACCAUUCCGUUAUUCAUUUGUUUUGCUCGUUGUGUACUCUUGCUGAUACUGUUUAAAUUGGGUUUAGUGCCCAUUAUCCGUUUUGAUUUGACAGCCAAAUUAAUGCAAAUGUCAUGAUUUCUGACACCGCCGUCGUUGAAAAUAUGACUCUGUGAUGUGUGAUGAUUACUUUUAAUUAAUAUACCUGAUGUCAUCACUGUCAAAACUUGUUAACUACUGCUAUAAAUUCACCCUUCGUUUCCAUUCUUGUUUAUGUUUGUGCCAUGGAAAGAAAACGAU